AUGCCUCUCCACACCGACGUAGACUCUGGCCUACAGGAAACUACGGGCGUACUCCGAGCAGAACGCCUUCCUUACCAGGCCAAUACUUCCGGGCUUGGAGCGCGUUUGUGGGAUGUCUUCGGACGCACAUACGACCUUGGCUUCACCUGCUUUGGUGGCCCACCAGUUCAUUUCCAGAUUUUUCACCGCAGGUUUGUCGAUGGUCUUGGUAAAACUCCUUGGGUCGAUGAACAGACUUAUCAGGAACUCUUCGCUAUAUCUCAAGCCUUACCCGGCCCUGCCUUCAUGAAGAUGCUCUUCGCCAUCGCCCAGAUACACGCAGGGCUCAUACCCGCUUUCUUCGCCUUCCUUCUCUGGACACUCCCCGGAGCCGUAGCAAUGUACGGACUCUCCCUCGGCGUUAAGAGGAUCAACGAUACCCUACCGGAUCCUGUGUACGCGUUGCUAUCUGGUAUCAAUGCGGCCGUUUUCGGAAUCAUCGCCCUUGCUGCUGUCCAGUUGGCCAGAAAGGCAGUUACGGACAAGUUGACACGAAUUUUGGUCUUUCUUGGGGGAUGUUCGGCACUUUGUUAUGAUGCUAUCUGGUACCUCCCGGUGCUUCUCUUGUUGGGCGGUAUCGUGGCAGUUGCGUGGGAUUGUGUUCCUCAACUGUGGUUCGGAGCAUUGCAAAUUAGACGACGCAGGAAAGCUUCAGAUGUUCCCCACCGGAAGUUGAAAUGA